GGGAAGAGAUGGACUUCCCUGCAGUUGGAGUCCAGGAGGUUCAAGGCGUGUUGGCCGACAUGCAGAAGAAUUUGGAGUGUCCAAUCUGCCUGGAAUUGAUCAGAGAGCCGGUGUCCACCAAGUGCGACCACAUCUUCUGCAAGUUUUGCAUCUUGAAGCUUCUCCGCAAGAAGAAAGGCCCUUCCCAGUGCCCUUUAUGCAAAAAUGACGUAACCAGGAGGAGUCUCCAGGAGAGCCCCAGGUUCCAACAACUGGUGGAAGGCCUGCGGCACACCAUCCGUGCCUUUGAACGCGACACGGGCAUCCAGUUUUCUAGCAGCCAGGAGUCGAGCGGUAGUCCCCCUCCUAAGCACGCAAAGGAAGACCUGCCCACCGUUCGGACUUCGGGUUACGGGAGCAGAGCCCAGAAGGACCAAGCCAACAGCCAAGGAGGUCCAGCUACGGAAGCCAGCUUACGGGCUCCCCGGAGUUCAGAGAGGAGGAAGCACCCUCGGCCUGCCCAGGACCCUGCCCGGGACCAGAACGAUGUCUGCAUCGAGCAUGCUGACGCAGAGCAGCCCGAGGGGCUCGUGGCGGGGAUCGAUGCCCAGCCGUCUGGCCACGAGGGUUCAAACUCCACAGAAGAGCAAGGGGCCGAGGGGCGUCUGGCUAAGAUCCCGGAGAGUCCCGUUCCAAAUGGGUCCAGGCGCCGGGCCACUCGGGCCAGCUCUGUCCUGCCUGGGGACCCCGGCCCUCUACCCAACACUGUCUGCCAGACCGGGGCCGAGGUUUGCCCGGUUGCUGGGCGUGGGCAGAGUCGCCGAAGCAAAGAGGACAGAGGCAGAAGGAGGCAGAGAGGUAGACUGGACCCGGACCUGGGGGAGGAGGCGGAGGUGGAGGCUGGCCUCCCGGGGAGUUCCGGCCAUCAGGCCGACAUCCCUGCAUCUGGGAAGAAGCUGAAACAGAGCGUCCGAAAGGUGAGCGAGUGGCUUUGCGGGGCCGUGGAGCCAGCGGAGCCGGAAGCCGAGUCCCCGUGGCUGAGCGAUAAAGAGUCCGACGCUUCCGAGGAACCCGACGUGAAGGCGGUAGCCCUGGGUUCCAGACCCCCGGAGAGCAGGAUCGAGGACCAAGUGUUUGGGAAAACCUAUCGGAGAAGGGCACCCCUGAGAGAGGCUGCCGCCUCCGGCUUUCCUCAGGCCCGGCCCCACCGGAGGGCCGCGUUCUUGGGCCUGCAACCCAGGGAUUUUAUGAAGACGAGAGCUGCCUCUGCCAGCUGCCGGCAGGACAAAUGCCCCGUUACUGGGAGGGCCCAGGACCGGCCUGCCAUCGGAGGUACGGAAGACUCCCAGGAGGAGGCAGAAGCCAGAAGUCACGGGGCCGAAGCUAAGCAUGAGACCAGCCCCCCGGGCCGAGGGACGACCCCGGGGAGCAAAAGCAAGGCCCGGCAGUCCCACAGGGGCAAGCCGAGCCGUGGGGCCCCCGCCAAGGCCGCUCGGGCCCUGGAGCUGGGUGUGGCCAGCACUCCCAGCCCCCCUGAAUGGCCCGAGCUCCAGAUUGGUAGUUUCCCCAGCAGCGAGGAGCGACUGGGAUUCCGGAGGGGCCAGGAGCGGCUCCCAAGCGAGGAAGUGACCAGUGGUACUCAGCCACAGGGGACCAUAGGGAGAGCCCGCCUGGCCUCCCCGGGAGGAGACGGGUCAGCUGGGGAUGGUACCGACACGGGCCUCGCCACCCCCAAGGAGUUUGCUGGCCCCACCCUCCACAACCAAGCCCCGGAGCAGGGGUUGGCCGCCACCCCUAGAGGUAAAGAGAACUCCCAGGGUGGGGUGCCAUCGGGAGAGACCCCAAGCGACUCAGUGGUCCCCGACACAGACUGUGAGACACAGGAGAGCAGGACGCUGCAGCCCGCCUCUGGGACGGGGCCGCACCCACUCAGGAGUACCCAGGCCUCAGCCUCGUCCAGCCUCUUGACCAGUCCUACCCCCGAAGGUGCCAGACCCGGUCCGGCCAGCCCACUCCCAGCCAGCAGAACCUUGGGGGCCAGAACCAGCAUGGAGGACAGUGAACUGGACUCUCAGUACCUGCAGAAUCUACUCCGGCCUGCCACCCGCCGCUCUUUUGCUCUGCAUUCCAGCCCAGGGAAGGGGCGGCCCACCGCCUCAUCAGCUACUGGAGCUCCUGGGAGACUCCAGCCUCCUGCAAGUGCCACCAAGAAGUUGGUGGGUGAAGAGGAAAUGGCCAGUGGCUGGAACACCAGGCCCAGGCCCACCAGACUGAGUCCCCAAGGGGUAGGCAGCCCUCCAGGGAUAGAUGGGGACCAGGUCCCUGGGGAGUCCACACCCACACCCCAGGAGCCAGUCCACUCUGCGGAGAGCCAGGACAUCCCUGGGAGGGACACCCCGGGCAGGGGAUCUCCCUUGGUCAGCCCCUGGUCCAGCCCUCAGCCGGCCGAAGGGGCUCGGGCCUCUCAGGCUGGGUCCGAGACCCCCAACGACUGGCUGGGAGGGGACAUGCAGGUGAGGGAACAGGCUGACCUUUUGGAAAAUGAUGCCAAAGAGAUAUCGGCAGUCUUUGGGCGGGCCAGCGGGACCCCUGUUCCUGGGCGGGGCCGGCGGAGACAAGCCCUGAAGCUUGCGUCUUCCGAAGAGGACUUAUCCAGUGAGGACGACGAGCUGCCGUGCUUCCAGGAGCUGCUCCGUGGGCAGGCGGUCAGCACUCCGGCCCGGCCCGCGGAGACUCCGGCCCCAAGGAACGGCAGCAGCCACAGGGACGUCCACCCGGCCACAUUACCCAGUGGGGCCUCCCCGGGGCCAGAGCUCAGCCAGGAGUCGGAAGGCUCGGAGAGCCUGUUUUCCUCUGGCUCGUUGAACUGUGAGGAUUCAGCACCCAGAGCCGGGGGCCUGGGAAGCCAGCAAAGCUCCCGGGCUGCCCGGGCCGGGCCCGUGGAUGACCGGGCCGAGGGGGAAGUGGACGCCGGCCCUGGAGGACGAAGCCAUGGUGAUCAGGAAGCAGGCCCAAAUUCAGGUGAAGCUUCUGAGUCGGCAAGCGAGGCCAGCCAACCUGAAGACUCCUCGGCGCUGUCUACACAGUGCGACAUCCUAACCACUCAGCAGAAAAACGCCAUGCAAGACAACCUGAAAAAGCUGCAGCAGGAAAUGGCCGCUCUGGAGGCCGUGCUGGAGGGGCACGAGAGCCCAGCCGCCUCCACCUCUGCCUUCUCGUGGCCAGAUUCCAGUCCGCAGCAGCACCGACCCGGAGGAGAAAGGACCCUGGUACCCGGACGGAAGCCGACCCAACCCUCCACUGACUCGGAACCCGACCCCAGAGGAAACGGAGGUCCCAACCCUCCGGCCUCGACUUCGUCCCGCCGCAGCCCACCGAGGGUCCCCAGGAGCCAGCCAGCCACGGUUUACUCCGGGCCAGGGGACGGCGUGACCCAAGAGCGGCCUGGAGUUUCGGAGAGGAGCCAGGGAGCGCCCAGACCCAGUGGCGGGAGAAUGUCCAUUGUGGCAUCAGGGCUGACACAACCGGAGCUGGUGCUGGUGCAGAAGUUUGCCAGAAAAACCCAGAGCGUUCUGUCCAGUCAGUUCACUGCAGGGACAACACAUGUUGUCAUGAAAACAGAUGCUGAGUUUGUGUGCGAGCGGACACUGAAGUACUUUCUGGGCGUGGCCGGAGGACGCUGGGUGGUCAGCCAUCUGUGGGUCACCCACUCUUUUCAAGAAGGCAAGGUGCUGGCUGAGCGGGACUUUGAGGUGAGAGGGGACGUCGUGAACGGGAGGAGCCACGGAGGCCCGCGGCGGGCGAGGGUGGCGCAGGACCGAGAGCUCUUUGCAGGCCUGGCCAUCUGCUGCUACGGGCCCUUCACCGACAUGCAUUCGGAUCACCUGGAAUGGAUGGUGGAGCUAGGAGGAGCGUUGCUGGUGAAGAAGCCAUCUUUGUUCCCAGCCAGAGCAGGGGUCACCCGGGUUCUGGUUGUGGAGCCCGAAGCCUGGGACGAGGAUGGCAGUUUCCAAGGUAUCAAGUGGGCAUGCCUGGCGACGGUGGUGACCCGGGAGUGGGUGCUGGACAGCGUGGCCCGCUAUGAGCGCCAGGAGUUUGAUCCCUAUCUUGUGGCCCACCUCCUGACCCCAUCCCCACCGUGAUCCAUGUGCCCUGGGCCGUGGAGGGGGCGGAUUCAAGAAGCUGGAUCCAUCCCUCACCCUGCUCCUCCCCUCGGCCCCAGCCCCGGCCCCGCUCCCCAAAGGGAGCCAGGUGAGACCUGUCUGCUGAUGCCAAAGCCAGCCCAACCCCACAGGACAGGGAAGGGCGGGCGAUGGGGAUGGAGGCACA